AUGUUUUCCAAUAGAAUGGCUCUUCGUCUGCCCUCAAAAAUAUCUUGCUCCGCUCAAUACCGCCUCAUAUCUACUCGCCGACUCCGAACCAUUAGUGUAUCUACAGCCGUUGCAAAGAGGACAUUCACUACUCCCCUAAAGGCCUGCAGCUCCCUAUACAGUCAAUCGACAUACAAUCCCCGGCCAUUCUCAAAUUCAUCCCAGCCAUCUCAACGGAGUUUCUCAGGAGAUGCGCAACCGCUCUCUCUAAAAGAAUAUAAAUUCGAAGAUAUACAAUCUUCCCUACCACAAGAAGACCCAACCUCCCCGUCGUCAAAACCAAACAUAAUCCUAAUCGACGUCCGCGAACCACCAGAGCUCGAAGCAACAGGCAUAAUCCCAACCGCUCUAUCUAUACCCAUCGGGUCCCAGACAGACGCCAUGUUCCUAACCCCAGACGAGUUUCUGACUCGCUUUGGUUUUCCGAAGCCAGGGACUGAGGGCGGUGACAAUAACACCAAGGCUAAGAUGGUGUUUUAUUGCAAGGCCGGUAUCAGGGCUCGCACUGCGGGUGAAUUGGCUGUUAGGGCGGGGUAUGAUGCCGAUAGAAUUGGAGUAUAUGACGGAAGCAUCUUGGAUUGGGAGAGGAAUGGUGGUAAAACUGAGAGAUGGGAUGGACCUGAGAUGUGA